AUGCCCAGCGCUCAUUCUACUUCCCAUAAAAAGGGUGGGGCCAAGGCCCAUGCCGCUUCGCCCAACCUAUCCAACCAAUCUCCUUUACCUAAACUGAAAUUGAAAAUACGCAAUCACUCACCUUCAGCCUCAACUUCCUCCUCAUCCAAAGCCAUACGCUCGAGACCACCUCCACACUCUAAGAACUUCCUUUCCGACGAUUCUUCCUCUGACUUGACUCCCCCAGAGGAUGAGGACGACGAUGAUAACGACGAAGAUUAUAAUGAAAAUAUGAUAACACCUCGUAAAGGGUUACAUAAAAAUCGUCAAUCCCCUUCUACCAUCAUAAAUACUCAAGUGACCACUCCAAUCAAGAAACCCAAUGCGAAUGAAAAGAAGAAAACAAAUCUUACGAAUAACAGUAAUAGUAAGAAGGGAAAGAUAAAAAAUGAAGGAAAGAAGAAACACCCUUCAUCUGCUGCUAAUUCUCCACUUGUCAAAACGACUGGUCCACCCAGUAGGGAGAAGAAGAAAGCUAUCAAGUUAGAGGAAGUGGAGAGAAGGAGAGCUAGAGAUGCAAAGUUUGAUGUUGAUCUUGAUACCACUUUCGGUGGUGAUAUCACCCCUAUCCCGACUUUACCUCACUACGAUGAUGGCGUAUCUUCAUACGGAGAUGACGAGUCCGACUUGGGUGAUCUCACGGAAGAUGAGUUGACGGGACUACCAGCUGCCUUUGUCGGUCAUGAGAUAGAAGACCUGAACUACGGUGCUGGACAUGAUGCGGAUGCAGAGGGUCAAGGGGUGAACUUCUGGGACGAUACGUCGAGCGAUGAGGACGAAGAGGAGGUAUAUAUAAAUCAACUUUCCGGUUCCGAAAUCGACCGACAAUCGCAGUCCUCCGUCGAUGGUAUAUCGGAUGACUCGAUGUCUGAUUCUGACUUUGGCUCGAGUUCUGACGACGGAUUGGACGAGUUUGGGUUCCCUAUACCUAGCGCCUCACUCUUUCCCAUCAGCGAGGAGGCAGAUAAUCCCGAUGGUGCCGAUCCAGGUCUUGUCCUCAUGGAGAAUUGGGAUGGUCAAUUCGUUCUUGUGCAACCUCGGCACGAACGAUCGCGUUCCCGACAUCGCGGAGACAAAGGAUCUCGAACGGCUGGAUCUGUUAGUGGCAGUACAGUCGUUUCUGGGACUGAUCAGGCUGCUCUUUUGAUCGACCCCGAUGCGGAUGAUGGAGAAUUUGAUACCGAUGAAGAUUCAUACUGGUCCGGUCAGAGCGAUGAAGAUGAUGGAGGUGAUACUACCGAUUCGAUGGCUGAGGAAGAUAUGCCAAUGCUAGAUAGUCCAGCUUUGAACGAGCUCAUGGAAGUACAAAUGGCAGAAGCUGUGUUGCGGAUGGCUGUCGAAAAUGGAGAAGUGCCGCUACUAGAUGCUGGACCUUCGAUCACCGUCACCGACUCAACGGCUACCGAUGCUCAGACCCCUGCUCUCUCGACUACCUCAUCCGCUGGGCCUAUUCCCGGUCCUUCAUCCGCUGCUCCACCUCAGACUCCCGCUCCUCAAGGUCCAGUGAUGGGUACCUUCCAUCCCACCACCGACGAUCCAGCUCAACAUUGCGUCAUAGACGGUACCGGUGGAGAUACCAAGUCGCCUUUCACCCAUCGAAGGAGAUCCCGUCGAAAUCGAGAUGUCGCUUCGGUCGCUUCGAGCAAACGAUCUCAAGAAGAGAGGAAACGUAAAAAUUCCACUGCCACCAACGAUCCUUUCUCACCUGCUUCGACUCACGCUGUAUUUGGUUUGAACAAAAAAGCAAGAUAUUCAUCCAUACCUGGACAUCCGAGGUAUAUCGCCGCUAGAAGAGCGGCAGAAGCUCUGUGCGACCCUAAUGACAGGGAGACUACACCUACCGAUUCGGAAGAGGCGUUCUCCUUGGAAGAUAUGUUGGAGACUUCUGUCUUAAUGCACGAGAUGGAAGAACAUCAGAAUGGGAAUGGGCAUGGUGAUGAUCAGGAUGCUGAGCAUCUCAGACAUAUGAUCAGGUUCGAUCGAGUGGGUGUAUCGACUUACCUGAGGAGGAAUUUUGCUUCGUCUGGGAUAAUAGAUCAAGCUUCGCCCAGUGGCAAUGGCAGCGCAAGAGGAAAUAGUGGGUACGUCGGAGGUCAGCUGGAUGAUACGUUAGUUGGACCGAUGGGAGGUGGAAGAUUAUUGGUGUCUCCCGUACUUGGACCGACAAAUCGUCAUCAAGCGAGGAGGGAAAAGAAGAAGAAGCGUAAGGCGGCGAUGACCCCUGCACAUCAACAGCAUCAGCAUUUGCCUGUCGAAAACGGUCAUAUCCAUGAGAAUGGUAUGCCUGCUUUGCAGAUAUGA